UUUUCAAUUUUCUAAACACUUUGUACUAAAUCAAAAUGGCGUUGUACUAAAAAAUCAGGCGCACCAACUUUCACAUCAACUUCCUUCUGCCAAUUCCUUUUCUCUUAAAACGUGCAUAGUGACAAGUUUAGAAUGACUGUCGCAGACAAAAAAAAGUCCAGCGCACCAGCUAAAAAGCUGCCGGCCGUACCGGAAUCCAAAUUGAAGUUUGCCCAAAAGCGCAUCAGCAAACGUGCCAUCCUCACCAAGAGGAAGGUAAAACGUAGCACUGUUAUGGCUUUAAGGAAGCGUGAGAAUCUUCUCCGUGCUGAGAAAUACUCUCAUGAAUAUGCCAAGGCUGAUCGUCGUGAAAUCAAGAUGAAGCGUUUGGCUAAAUCAAAGGGACAAUAUUAUGUUCCCGGAGAAAGUAAAUUGGCUUUUGUCAUUCGUAUUCGUGGUAUCAACAAAGUUGCACCAAAAGUACGCAAGGUUCUUCAACUCUUCCGUCUUCGUCAAAUCAACAACGGAGUGUUCAUCAAAUUGAACAAGGCUACCAUCAACAUGCUGCGCAUUGCUGAACCCUACAUUACCUGGGGUUACCCCAAUUUGAAGUCUGUCAGCGAGUUGAUCUACAAACGUGGAUUUGUCAAGCACAGCAAACAGCGCAUUCCAAUUACAGACAACUUUGUCAUUGAGCGCAAAAUGAGCAAAAAGUACGACCUCCAAUGUGUCGAAGAUUUGGUUCAUGAAAUCUUUACCGUUGGCAAGAACUUCAAAUAUGCUUCAAACUUUUUGUGGCCAUUCAAAUUGAAUACACCAACUGGUGGAUGGCGCAAGAAGAAUAACCAUUAUGUUGAAGGUGGUGACUUUGGUAAUCGCGAGGACAAGAUCAACAAACUUCUCAGGAAGAUGGUCUAAGUUGGUCAGCAUUCUAGGAUUUUAAAGGAUAACUCUUUUUAUUAAAACUAAAAUAAAAACCUAAAAAAAUGAA